GCUCCACACACCGGAAGUCCACGUCAGACCAGGACAGAAGCCGAACGGAGCCGGUCCUUCUGAUCCCGAACCCGGACACGGACUACGUGUACAUCUGCGAUGGCGGACGAGGCCACGCGCCGCGCGGUCUCUCAGAUCCCCCUGUUGAAGACGCACGCGGGGCCGCGGGACCGCGCGCUGUGGCCGCAGCGGCUGAAGGAGGAGUACCAGGCCCUGAUCCGGCACGUGGAGCAGAACAAGAACGGAGACAACGACUGGUUCCGCCUGGAGUCCAACCAGGACGGCACGCGCUGGACCGGAACCUGCUGGUUCAUCCACGAGCUGCUCCGGUACGAGUUCCGGUUGGAGUUCGAGAUCCCGGUGACGUACCCGGACACCGCCCCGGAGCUGUCCAUCCCGGAGCUGGACGGGAAGACCGCCAAGAUGUACCGGGGCGGACGGAUCUGCCUGACCGAACACUUCGCUCCGCUCUGGGCCAGGAACGCGCCCCGGUUCGGACUCGCGCACCUCAUGGCCCUGGGGCUCGCGCCUUGGCUGGCGGUGGAGGUCCCGGAUCUGAUCAGUAAAGGACUGGUGGUCCACAAGGAGGGGGGGGGGGCGGCUGAGGGGGGGGGGGGGGGGGGGGGCUGA